AUGGUAAACUUCUCCUCACAAUCAGACGGCCAUACAAUGUCUCAGACCGAGCCACCCGCAUCGGGCUUGCCUAAAGCCGAAGAAGCUCUUGGCCAGACCCCACCUAACGACGAUAGUGACGCUCUUCUAUCAGAGCCCGUAGGCGGUACCGUGACGCGUCACAUCAGCUCCAACCCCAGCGAGGACUUGCAGGCAGAGUCGGCAGUACGAGAUGCGGGCGCGGGUAAGGUUCGCGGCCCAAAUGGACGCUACCUUCCCAAGGACGACGUCGAGCCCGAGACCAAAAAGGCUAAGAAGCCGAAGAAGGCAGUCAAGCCCCGUACGGGCUUGAGAAAUAUGAAGAAACUGGAAUCACCUACACCAAGCACAGUCGGCGAAAAACCAGCGACUGUACCAGCCGAAGAUGAAGAUUUCAUGGCAGAUGCUCAGCCGCCUUCGCCUCCAGUGUCUAGCCAUGGGGCUGAGGAGAUGAAUGGAGUAGAAGAUGUCAAUUCUGUCAACCCAGCUUUUGACAUCGUCGCAUCAUCCACAACCGAUCUAGCUGCAUCCCCUGCAGCCGCAAGCGAGCAAGAGGCCGAGGUGGAGGACGAAGUAGCGUCCGACUCGGGAUCUACGCCUGCGUAUCUUCUUGCAGCCGCGGCUGAUCCAGUACCGUCAAAUUUGGACAAGCUGCCUCCCAAGUCUAGGAAGUCCAUCAAAAGAAAGAGUGAUCCAACUGCCACGUCUGGAGACCGGAAGCGGGGUAAACACGGUGGAAUAGUCGGCCGCCCAAGGAAGUCCGAGCAGCACGGAAGCCACACAUCAGAUCAAGAGCCAGCUCAAGAACAAGACGAGAAGGUCACAGAGACAGAGGAUCCGCCUCAGAUGGUAACACGUCGAGCUACCAGACGCUCUGCGGCAGCAAAUCUGAACGCGCCCGAAAUCAGCAAGCCAGAUGCAACGUCGAUGGCAAAACCGCCUAUCAAGGCACCGGUCAAACGGUCGCUUUCAACCUCGGUAAAGCCAUCAAAAUCCAAACGAUGCUCAAAGGGAUCAUCCACUCCCGAAGAAGACGAGGUAAUGAGUGGUGUCGAAGACCAUGCGGCGGCUAGCCAUGAGGAGACUAUAAAGCCUACUCCCAUUGUCAGAGAAGCCAGUGCUACGCUUUCAUACGGUUUGGGAAGCGUUGCACCCUCGCAGCUUCCGGAUAAUCACUUCUUGAGCAUCGGUAUUAGCAGGACCAGCUCCCCCGCCCUUCAGCCGUCUUCGCACCAGCCCUACCAAUCUCCUUACCAGGCGGUGCCGCCAACGCCACCACCUACAGUUGUUGCAAAAACGCCCCUCAUUAACGGCACAACAUCUACUUACCCGCCAGGUCACGCGGAAUAUUUCGCUCGCAUCACCACAAGCAACGGCACUACAAUGGACUUACCGAUCGAAGAGAGCCAAAUCGAGAGAAAAGAGAUGGAGACGAUCAAGAGAUAUGCCGAGUAUAACGCUGUACCCAACGCGGUACCAGUAUUGUAUCCUCAGUUCCGGCAGAUCUGGGCUUUUGCGAAACAGGGUUAA